UACGAUGUUAAUGAUAAAUUAUCUUCACAGGGGGCUAAGCAAUACGAAAUUGAUGAAAAAUCGUUUUUACGAGAGACUAAACCAUAUGUAAUUGAAGUGAAAUCACCUUUACAAGAUAUUAAACCAUAUGUAAUUGAAGUGAAAUCACCAUUACAAGACAUUAAACCAUAUAUAAUUGAAGAGAAAUCACCUUUACACGAUAUUAAACCGUAUCAGCAAGAUGUUAAACCGCAACAUACCUUGGAUUCUGAGUGUGAAAUAGAGGUUAUCGAUCUUACAGAAGAUGAUGACCCUCCGACAACCUCAACAUCAUCAACCCUCGUAGAUAAAAUUAAACAGGAACCCUCACCUUUUACAUUUCCCUUACCUUUUACUUCCGGUCAAAAUAAUUUUAUAUCAGCAUUGAAAUUGUCUCAGUAUAAUCGUAACCCAUUAUUGUCCAAUGUUAAUAACACUAUAUUACCCACUACCAACACCGCUGCAUUUCAAACUGCUAGUAACAUUUUGUCUCAAAAUGUUAAUAGCCCUUUAUCAUCUAAUGUUAAUAACAAUUUAUUACUCAAUUUCAACAAUUCUCCUUUGCUCAAUGAAACUAAGCCAAAUAUGCUCGAAAAUAGGCCAGGCAGUUAUUCAAGAUCUAUAAAUCUUCAAGAUCUUUUGGACAUGAUACCUCUGGACGAAUCUAAUCAUACUCCUGUUGGAGAUGCCAUGCGUAAAAUAAACGCUCGCAAAGGGAUUGUUCCUGGCUUGUCCAUCCAGCUGAUGGAUCAUCAAGUAAUUGGUGUUUCUUGGAUGGUGGAUCAAGAAACAAAAGAAAAGGUUAGAGGUGGUAUUCUCGCUGAUGACAUGGGACUAGGCAAGACCGUCCAAACCAUAGCAACUUUAGUGAUAAAUCGGCCCGAUACAAAAAAAUCGAAAUCCGCGAAAUCGACACUAAUAGUUGCCCCAACAGCCCUUAUUUAUCAAUGGAAAAGUGAAAUUUUAAGUAAAACUGAACAAGGUAUUUCUCAAAAUUUUGUUGGCAAUCUAUUCUCCGUACAUGUAUAUCAUGGUCAAAAUAAAGCAAGUUUUCAUAAUUUGAAAAAAUACGACAUAGUAAUUACAACCUAUCAAACUCUCCUUCGUGAGUGUCCCGAAAUUGAAGAGGAUGAUAGAGGUUCUUUAUUCCGAAUGGAUUGGUUCAGAGUAGUUUUGGACGAGGCUCAGAAUAUUAAAAAUCGUCAUUCUCGUGCGAGUAAAGCAUGCGCCCGUUUAACAAGCACUUAUCGUUGGUGUUUAACUGGUACUCCAAUCCAA